AUGCAGCCGACGUUCAGGGACCUGUCCAUGAACAUCACGGGGUCCUUGGCCAAGCAGCAGCAGAAGCUCGUCGCGCUGGCAACGGACAGCGACAAGGAGCUCUUCGGCUUAGUCCCGCAGCGGUGGAUGGAGUUCACGGCCUACGUGCGCAAGAUGAUCGUGGACCACAGCUUGGGCGCCAGCGAGAACCGGUUGAGGCUCAUCUCGUUCGGCGUCUUCAACUGCGCGGACAGCGUGGCGAAGUUCUGGAGAGCUCGCGCCCUGUACUUCAGGGAGGCGGUGGCGUGUCUCGUCGGCGGGCCCGAACGGAUGACCUCCACGGACUACUCGCACGUGACCCUCUGGCUCUACAGCGCCCAGGCGGAGGUCGCCGAGGUCCUCGAGUGCGGCGGCCCAGCUGCGGCUGUCUACGCGAAGCGCAUGUCGCAGAUCAUCCUGGCCGGCGUGGUGGACGGGCUUAGCCUCGAUGCUCCGGCCAUGUCCUCGAAGCUGAAGUCCGCGAUGCAGGCGCUGGAGCAGCAGCGGGCCGAUGCUGCCGAGAUGCUUCAGCUGAUGGCUGCGCACUGCCCCAGGGAGGACUCGUUUCUCAAGCCGCUGCCCGAGAUUCGCGCGAUGUGGAACGCUAUGGCGGCCGAGCCGGGCGACGAGGCGACGGGUGGAGCUGCGGUGGGAGUGGCGUCGACCAGCGAGGAGGAGACGGUGCCAGCGAUGGCCAUGCACUCCUUGGCGCUCCACCUCGAGCAGAAGCUAUACGACUGGGCGUUCCAGGGGGAGCACGCGUCGACCCUCGCCCCGGACGCGCACGCCGACACCUUGAUGGGGGACGCUUUCGACCCUGCGGCUGCCAUCUACUGGACGAAGACGGAGUUAUGCGUGGCGCCGGAGAAGGACCUGGUGUUCAACAUGAUUGGGGAGGUCUCGCGUGUCCCCGCGGUUGGCGGCUACAAGAUGUGCACGGUGAGUAAUGUCGACUUGUUCGUGAACCCGUCCGGGAAGGAUUUCACGGUUCCGGAGUUCGUUCCAGCUUGGCUACUGCCGCUGGACACGGACGACCUGCGCAAGGCAGAGACAGGCGACGAUGGGAACGUUGCUCGCAUUAUUACGCUCGAGGCCGUCCAGAAGGAUAUACCCUUCUCGUACUCCUACACGUACUUCGCGGCUCGCAAGACCAUCAAGACGACGCUCACAGUGUGGCAGCUCAAGAUGCCCGAGAGUGACGCGUUCACCAAGGAGAUCGCUGCCGCCCCCACCAACACUCGGUUCAGGGUCGCCAGGGGCGAGAUCAAGAACGCCGUGAAGACGGCCCCGAAGCUCAAGAAGGCCGCCCGGGGCAAGGGCCGGGGCAAGGGCGCCGCCGACAGCGAGCAUCAGCCGCAGCAGAACGUGCCCGCCGAGCAGCGGCACUUGCUCAGGUAG